CGCAUGCGCAGUUCCUCUCCCUUGCGGGAUCCGGACGCGGCCGUCGUUUUAAGUGCUCCUCCGUCCGCUGUUCGGUCGUCGCCAUGGUGAAGCUGAGCAAGGAAGCCAAACAGAGGCUGCAGCAGCUCUUCAAGGGCGGCCAGUUUGCCAUCCGUUGGGGCUUUAUUCCUCUCGUGAUUUACCUGGGAUUUACGAGGGGUGCAGAUCCUGGAAUGCCCGAACCAUCGGUUUUAAGCCUACUUUGGGGAUAAAAGACUGUUCGGUCAUCUGGAUUUGGAAGCAAGCCAAGGAGGAAGGUGUGGACUCUGGGUGGAUAAGAAAGGAGACGUCGUUUCAACACAUCUUUAGCAGAGUGCAGCCUGUACUUAUGAUAGGCUAUCAAAAUAAAUAUUUUUAGCAAUGUUA